CAGGCUCCAGGCGCCGAGAAGAGGAGGCUGCUACUCUGGCUCGCCGCCCCAGCUGCCGCUCUGCGCCCGCAACCCGCCGCAGCACUGCGGGCCAUGGACCUGCCCAGGGGCCUCGUGGUGGCCUGGGCGCUCAGCCUGUGGCCAGGGUUCACAGCCACCUUCAACAUGGACACCAGGAAGCCCCGGGUCAUCGCUGGCUCCAGGACUGCUUUCUUUGGCUACACGGUGCAGCAGCAUGACAUCAGUGGCAAGAAGUGGCUGGUGGUGGGCGCCCCUUUGGAAACCAAUGGCCAGCAGAAGACAGGAGAUGUGUACAAGUGUCCAGUGAUCCAGGGGAACUGCACCAAGCUCAACCUGGGAAGGGUCACCCUGUCCAACGUGUCUGAGCGGAAAGACAACAUGCGCCUCGGCCUGAGCCUCGCCACCAACCCCAAGGACAACAGCUUCCUGGCCUGCAGCCCCCUCUGGUCUCAUGAGUGUGGAAGCUCCUACUACACCACAGGGAUGUGCUCGCGAGUCAACUCCAAUUUCCGGUUCUCCAAGACCGUGGCCCCAGCUCUUCAAAGGUGCCAGACCUACAUGGACAUCGUCAUUGUCCUGGAUGGCUCCAACAGCAUCUACCCCUGGGUGGAGGUCCAGCACUUUCUCAUUAAUAUCCUGAAGAAGUUUUACAUUGGUCCAGGGCAGAUCCAGGUUGGAGUCGUGCAGUAUGGAGAAGAUGUGGUCCAUGAGUUUCACCUCAAUGACUACAGGUCUGUGAAGGAUGUAGUGGAAGCUGCCAGCCACAUUGAGCAGAGAGGAGGAACAGAGACGCGGACGGCAUUUGGCAUUGAAUUUGCUCGAUCAGAGGCUUUCCAGAAGGGCGGAAGGAAAGGGGCCAAGAAGGUGAUGAUCGUCAUCACAGAUGGGGAGUCCCAUGACAGCCCGGACCUGGAGAAGGUCAUCCAGCAAAGUGAGAGGGACAACGUGACCAGAUACGCCGUGGCCGUCCUGGGCUACUACAACCGCAGGGGGAUCAAUCCAGAAACUUUUCUAAAUGAAAUCAAAUACAUCGCCAGCGACCCAGAUGACAAGCACUUCUUCAACGUCACUGACGAGGCAGCCCUGAAGGACAUUGUUGACGCCCUGGGGGACAGGAUCUUCAGCCUGGAAGGCACCAACAAGAACGAGACCUCCUUUGGGCUGGAGAUGUCACAGACGGGCUUCUCCUCGCAUGUGGUGGAGGACGGGAUUCUGCUGGGAGCCGUUGGCGCCUAUGACUGGAACGGGGCCGUGCUGAAGGAGACCAGCAGCGGCAAGGUCAUUCCGCUCCGCGAGUCUUACCUGAAGGAGUUCCCCGACGAGCUCAAGAACCACGGCGCGUACCUGGGGUACACAGUGACGUCGGUCGUGUCCUCCAGGCAGGGGCGAGUGUAUGUGGCCGGAGCUCCGCGGUUCAACCACACGGGCAAAGUCAUCCUGUUCACCAUGCACAACAACAGGAGCCUCACCAUCCACCAGGCCCUCCGGGGCGAGCAGAUAGGCUCUUACUUCGGGAGUGAGAUCACCUCAGUGGACAUCGAUGACGAUGGAGUGACCGAUGUGCUACUGGUGGGGGCACCCAUGUACUUCAGCGAGGGCCGCGAGCGGGGCAAAGUGUACGUCUACAUCCUGAGACAGAACCGGUUUAUUUAUAAUGGAACACUGAAGGAUUCCCACAGUUACCAGAACGCCCGGUUUGGGUCCUCCAUUGCCUCUGUUCGCGACCUCAAUCAAGAUUCCUACAAUGACGUGGUGGUGGGAGCCCCUCUAGAAGACAACCAUGGAGGUGCCAUCUACAUCUUCCAUGGCUUCCAAGGCGGCAUCCUGAAGAAGCCCAAGCAGAGAGUGGCGGCGUCGGAGCUGGCUCCCGGCCUCCGGUACUUUGGCUGCAGCAUCCACGGGCAGUUGGACCUCAACGACGACGGGCUGGUGGACCUGGCCGUGGGCGCGCUGGGCAAUGCUGUGAUUCUGUGGUCCCGGCCCGUGGUUCAGAUCAACGCCAGCCUCCACUUUGAGCCAUCCAAGAUCAACAUCUUCCACAAGGACUGCAAGCGCAACGGCAGGGAUGCCACCUGCCUGGCCGCCUUCCUCUGCUUCACGCCCGUCUUCCUGGCGCCCUAUUUCCAAACAGCAACUGUUGGCAUCAGGUACAACGCCACCAUGGAUGAGAGGCGGUAUAUGCCGCGGGCCCACCUGGAUGAGGGUGGGGACCAGUUCACCAACAGGGCUGUUCUGCUGUCCUCGGGCCAGGAGCACUGUCAGCGCAUCAACUUCCACGUCCUGGACACCGCUGACUACGUGAAGCCAGUGACCUUCUCAGUGGAGUAUUCCCUGGAGGACCCCAACCACGGCCCCGUGCUGGACGACGGCUGGCCCACCACACUCAGAGUCUCGGUGCCCUUCUGGAAUGGCUGCAACGAAGACGAACACUGUGUCCCUGACCUCGUGCUGGACGCUCGGAGUGACCUGCCCACAGCCAUGGAGUACUGCCAGAAGGUGCUGAGGAAGCCUGUGCAGGACUGCUCCAAAUACACCCUGUCCUUCGACACCACGGUUUUCAUCAUUGAGAGCACACGCCGCCGGGUGGCAGUGGAGGCCGCGCUGGAAAACCGAGGCGAGAACGCCUACAGCACGGUGCUCAACAUCUCCCAGUCCGCCAACCUGCAGUUUGCCAGCUUGAUCCAGAAGGAUGACUCCGAGAGCAGCAUCGAGUGUGUGAACGAGGAGAGGAGACUACACAAGAAAGUCUGCAACGUCAGCUACCCCUUCUUCAAGGCCAAGGCCAAGGUGGCUUUCCGUCUGGAUUUCGAAUUCAGCAAGUCCAUCUUCCUGCACCACCUGGAGAUCCAGCUCAGCUCAGGCAGUGACAGUGAUGAGCAGGACAGCACCAAGGAAGACAACGCGGCCCUGAUGCGCCUCCACCUCAAGUACGAGGCCGACGUCCUCUUCACCAGGAGCAGCAGCUUGAGCCACUACGAGGUCAAGGCCAACAGCUCACUGGACAGCUAUGAUGGUACCGGGCCUCCCUUCCACUGUGUUUUCAAGAUUCAGAACCUGGGCUUUUUCCCCAUCCAUGGGGUGAUGAUGAAGAUCACUGUUCCCGUCGCCACCAGGGGUGGCAACCGCCUGCUGAUGCUGAGGGACUUUCUCACUGACCAGGUGAACACGUCCUGCAACGUCUGGGGUAACAGCACCGAGUAUCGGCCAGUCCCAAUGGAGGAAGACUUGAGUCGUACCCCACAACUGAAUCACAGCAACUCGGACGUGGUCUCCAUUAACUGCAACGUGAGGCUGGCCCCCAAUCAGGAAAUCAACUUCCAUCUGCUGGGGAACCUCUGGUUGAGGUCCCUCAAAGCACUCAAGUACAGGUCGGUGAAGAUCAUUAUCAACGCAGCCUUGCAAAGGCAGUUCCACAGUCCCUUCAUCUUCCGUGAGGAGGACCCCAGCCGCCAGGUCACGUUUGAGAUCUCCAAGCAAGAGGACUCCCAGGUCCCCAUCUGGAUCAUCGUGGGCAGCACGCUGGGGGGCCUCCUGCUGUUGGCCCUGCUCGUCCUGGCACUCUGGAAGCUUGGCUUCUUUAAAAAUGCCAAGCGCAAGAGGGAGCCUGGCCUGGACCCCAGCCCCAAAGUGAUGGAGUGAGGCUCCAGAGGAGGCUUCAAAUUGCCGGGGGCCAGAUUCCAGUGCAGGGCUGUGCAAGCCCAGGCCUGUGGCCCACCGAGCGGAGCGGAGAGGACGCCAGCUGGCUUUGUACUUGACCUCGUCUCCCAAGCGAAGGCGCCCACUCCUGGGAUGGAACUCAAGUGGUGCUAAGAGGAAUCGCCCCGUGGGAGGCCGAGACACCUCCAGUUCAGAUCCCUGGGAUUUGAAGGGAGCCUCCGAGGCCCACCCGAGGCCUCCCCCAGGCUACAUGGAGGAUUUGCCGCCCCAGCCAUCAUGGUGCUAGG